UGGUGAUCCAUAGUUUGUGUUAGUAACGAAGUUGGUGUCCUAACGGUUUAAAACUCGCCAAAACUGUGAAAUUGUUUGUUUAAAUGUACGUUUUAAUGGACUUUAACCGCAAUGUUUCCCACGAAUAAAGCCGACGUCGACAGACACGUAGAAGACAGCCUGAAGAAGAUAAAUAACGAAACGGAGCGCAACCUUCGUUGCUUCUCGUUCGCCAAACAGUAUUUCAAAAUCCAGCGUUAUGAAGAGGCCCGCCGCUACGUCUCCACCUACUUGAGCGCGCGCCCCAACUCCGCCGAGGCCCACUGCCUCCUCGCCAAAUGCCUCGAGGGUCAAGGAAAAAAAGAAGCCGCCUUGCAAGCUUACACCACCAGCUUGCGGCUCGACCCCAAGCAAAACAGCCUCGUGCUUAAAGUGUGCGAACUCCUCGCCUCCGACGACGUCGAAAUGGACCAAAGCGGCGCCCGCUACUUCUGCGAAAUGGCGCAGUCGUUCGACCCCCACAACCCCGCCAUCUUCAACCUCAAGCAGCGCAUCCUCACCAUCAACAACGACGAUCCCCGAGAAGUGACGAACUUGAUUCUGAAGGAGCUGGAGACGCGUCCGACGGACGUGAGUUUGCGGGUGCGCUUGCUGAAGCACCUGAUGCACCACCGCAUGGUGAAGGAGGCCUACAAGCACGCGGCGGAGAUCGAGUCCAAGGACUUGUCGAUUUUUCAUAACAACAUGGCGUGGUACCAAGCGGUGGCCGAAGUGUUGGUGAAGUACCAGAGGACGGUGUCGUUGCCGAAUUCGCUCGGGUGGGAGUUCUGGUUUCUGUCGGUCUCGAUCCUGGAUAAGUUGGUGAGCUUGUCGCUGGAGGAGAACACGGAUAAUAUUAAACCCACGACGGAGUACGUGAAUGCGUUGUUUAAUUUCGACCAGACGCUGGCGAAGGCGGCGUUGAACGUGGCGGAUUGCCCGGAUAAGUAUUUGGUGCAGGAAUUCUUGAACCACUAUAGUAGUGAGUUGUGUUUCCAUCUGGCAACGUUGGUCUUCAAACAAGCGAAGAAGGAGUUCAUGAAUUAUAAAGAAGCGGCGAAUAUUUCUCUCCCGUUGUUGUUCGCUUCGUACCACUCCCAUCCUCCAGAUCUCCAGAGUAUGUGGUUUAACCACGCCCCGGAACAUCGUCGGAAUUUGGUCCGGCGGUGGCGGCGAGAAGCCGCCUUCCGCUGCUCCCAAUCCGGGCACAUCUUACAAGCCGCCGCCAAAGACCGAAAGUCGAUCGUGAUCGAGAAAGCCAACCAGUACUCGAUGGGGAUGUGGCGGGAGCAACUAUUCAAGAAGCUCUUCAUCACUCGAGACCAACAGCAGAAAAUGAAAACCAGCUACUUCCUCGCCGACCAGAAGCUCCUCGACAUCACCAUCCGACUCCCCGACGCCUCCGAGCUCCUCAAGUACGACGAAGAAGCCCAACUCAACUAUCCCGAUUCGUUGCACCACCACAUCUGGAUCGGUCUCAACAAUAAACUGUCCGACUUCAAGUGCACCGUCUUCGACGGACUGCAAUACUCGAUCAAGAACCUCAAGAACUGCGGAGCCGAAACCUUGAACGUGUUGGAUCUUCAGGCGUUCAUCUACUGCGCCACGUUGUGUUCGAAGUUCAACUUGGAGAGUUCGAGGCAUAUUUCGUCCUAUCAUAACGUGGAUAAGCCGAACGUGCUACCGGCGGCUGUCACUCCCGAGCUGGGUACCGCUUAUCAGAAGAAGUUCUUCGCGGCGGCUUACAAGACGUACAAGAACGAGUACGACCCUGCUGUUGACCAGCAACGGCUGACUUUGAUCGACGGGAUUAGGGUGGUGAGGUGCGUGGAUAACGGUUUGGACGUGAAACUCCUGGUGGUGUUGGCGCAGACGUUCGCGGAUCGCGCCAAAGGCGCGACUAAGCAGUCGGAGAUCGAGUUCAACGAGGCCCGAGCGGAGCUCUACUGGAAAGCCGCACUACCGAUUCUCGAGAAGAUGAAAAACAACCAAGCUGUGUCGUACCCGCCGAAUAAGUUCUUUGACCAUAGGUCUAAAGAGAUGGCGCUGACGGAAGUGUGUGGUUACAUCGAGACGGGGAAACUCUUCAGCGGCACCCAACUCAUGAAGAAGAAGGACUAUGAAAAAGCGUUGCGAGUAUUCGAGGCUUUAAGAGACCCCUACGCCAGUUUCUACCAAGCGCAGAUUUAUAAGCAGCUCGCGGACCAGCAGACCAGUCAGAGUAAAGAAAACGUGACGAGCGAGAUGCGCAGUCAAUACAUUAUACUGUUGUCACGAGCUCGGGACUGUCUUUACUUGACUCUGGAUAGACUGAGAGAGCCUUCGGUCGAUCAGAAGCACCCACUGAACGAGCAAUUGGGUACCGAAAUCGAGAAAAUCGAGAGGUUGUUGUCGAGGAUCGACCCCGACUGCACCAACCGGAACGAGUGUGAUGGCAUGUCCGACGAAAACGUGUCUUCUGCGGAUAGCGCCGGCGAGCACUACGUCACUGGGUACUCGGCCCACAACUCGAGCUACUUCAACGGGGUUUUCUCCGGAAGGAACGACCACAAUCACUCGACUCCUUACAGGUCGGAUCUUUUCAAACGUGAAGCCAAACCCAGUCCUGAAAGGUUAGAUGCUCAGCUGAGACAACUGACAGCGUCUAAGGACGCCGCGAUUAACCAUAUCCUAGAGAACAACAAAAUCAUGGUGGAGUCGCACCGGACCCUGGUCGAAGAACUGCGAAGCUUCAAAGAGGUCGUGAAUAACCUCACGUCGACCGUGGACGAACUCAAGAACAUGAAGCACGGCUACGAAGACCUGAAAGACAUCAAGAAGACCGUGAGCGAACUCAAAGCGAGCAUCGAUGACUUGGACGGUUUCAAGAACGUGUCGGAUAUGGUGUUCGAAAUGAAGAAGGAGAUCGCGGAGUUGAAGAAGGACGUGAACAAGACGAGUCAGUUGAGCGAGGAGGACAUCUACGGGUUGGCGAACGAGUACGGGGCCGAGUACAACCUCAAUUCGAACUUGGCAGCUUACAAUUCUAAUUUGUACCAGAACUACCAGAGGAUGCCGGGCGCGACUUCGUUGUACGGUCCGCCGCCUUUGUACCCGGGGAUGUACCCGAUGGCUUACGGGUACGGGUUAGGGUUACCCCAAACGAGUGGUCUCCAAUUCGGGACCGAACAACCUAUUCCGGGUAUCUCGGGCCAAGAUUUCCGGGCUAUUUCCGCCGCGUUGUCGCAAGUGCAACCUAGUGUGACGUACGCGCAAACCACCCAGCCCCAAACCAACUUAGGCUUGUUGGCGGCUCAGGGUUUAACCCAAACUCCGAAAGUAGGGUCCGGGCAAAUGGUCUACCCGACUAUAGGUGGCGUCGCGGUUACCACCACCCCCACCACUAAAGCACCACCAGUCAACGUGGUCAUCACAGCUUCAGACCCACUCCCCUCCACCAAAACCACCACCUCCCAACCAAUCCUCUCCGUCACGAUUCCCCCACAACACCUCAAAGGCAACAUUCCGAAGGCCCAACCACACAAUUACCAGAUCCCGUUACCCGUGAGCGCGGUCGCCAACACGUCGCCGUCGGUCUUGAGCAAACCCCCGCCCACCGUGUCCACCCAGAGCAUCCUUUCCAACGUGGCACCGCCCGUGUAUUCCGCCGUCUCGGAUAAAACCCCCUUGAACGUGAGUCUGGGGCUGCAGAUCGAGAAGACCCUCGAACAGACCUUCAACUCCAGCAAGAACGAGACUUUGAACAAGAGCAGCGUUUCCACCAGCUCGGUGGAAGAGCACGAUCCUUGUCCCGAUUUCAAACCCAUCAUUCCGCUGCCCGACGAAGUCCCGGUGACCACCGGCGAAGAGAGCGAGAAGGUCCUCUUCUGCGAACGCGCCAAGCUGUUCCGAUACGUCGCGGAAGUCAAGGAGUGGAAGGAGCGAGGGAUCGGCACUCUGAAGAUCUUGAAGAACCCGGAGACGAAGAAAGUGAGGAUUUUGAUGCGGAGGGACCAGGUGUUGAAGAUUUGCGCGAAUCAUUUCUUGACGAAGGAGAUGGUUUUGACGCCGAUGGCCAAGAGCGAUAGGGCGUACAUUUGGGCCGCGCACGACUACGCCGACGAAGAGGUGGUGCUGGAGAAGUUGUGCGUGAGGUUUAAGACGGCGGAUGAGGCGAAGAAGUUCGUCGAGGCGUUCGAGAGCGCCAAGAGAGACUUGGGGGAAGAGAAAGUCGGGGUUAGUGCGACCAGCACGGGUAGUACUUUGGGAGGGUUCGUGUUUUCGACGACGCCGACGUUCAAGCCGAAGCAGGAAGCGGUGAUGGUGAGCGUCAGCGUACCGGAACCACAGAAAGAGAGUCCGUUCGCUGGGUUUUCGUUCGGCGGUACCAAGUCUGGUGGUUUUCCGACUUUCCAGACGAACUUCACCCCGGUGAAGCCCACCGAGACCGUUAGUAGUACCACGAAGCCGCGCAAAGCUUCCGACGACGAAUCCGACGACUUCGUCCCCACGGCGGAGUUCAAGCCCGUAGUACCCCUCCCCGAACUAGUCGAGGUGAAAACCGGAGAAGAAAACGCGGAAGUACUUUUCGAACACAAAGCCAAACUGUUACGUUUGGACACCAGUGGUGAAACGAAAGAGUGGAAGGAGAAGGGCGUGGGAAUAUUCAAAGUACUCAGAGACAACAUCGUGCGCUUGGUUAUGCGUCGCGACCAAGUCCUCAAAGUCUGCUGCAACCACCAGCUCCUCAAGAACAUGGAUUUCAAACUCAUGAGUAACAACGCUAACGCGGUGACCUGGUGCGCCAAAGACUUCUCCGAAGGAGUCGUCAAACCCGAAACUCUGUGUGUUCGUUUCAAAACCGACGACCUCGCCGCCGCAUUCCUCAAAGCCGUCAACACCGCGAAGGAAACCCUCGACGACAACCACUUCGUCGUGGCCAAACAAACCGAGAAGCACGCGAAGACCGAGUCCCCGGCGAAGCUCCAAGGUUUCGGGGAUAAAUUCAAACCGGUCAAGGGUAGCUGGUCUUGCAAGAAUUGUUACGUCAUGAACGAAGGCAAAGCCAACUAUUGUAUCGCUUGCGAAACCCCGAAGAACGACUCGCUUCCGAAGAAGAGCGAAGAUGCUUCAGGAGCCGCUUUCUCGUUCGGUGUGGCUAACAUGACCGCCGUUACGAACUCCUGGGGGAGCGCUUUCAAACCGAAAGAGGGGUCAUGGGAGUGUAAAACGUGCUACAUCUUCAACGACGCGGAGAGGACGCAUUGCGCGUCGUGUGAGAGCCCCAAGGACGACACCGUCCCCAAGAAGGAGACCCCGAAAGGCGUGAACCUAGACACGGGUGGGUUGAAGUUCAACUUCGGUAUCCAACCGGUUAAAGUCGAGUCUGCUGAGCCGCCGAAACCGAAGGUUUCGGGUUGGGGCGACUUGUUCAAGCCGAAAGCGGGAUCGUGGGAGUGCAAGCACUGCAUGGUCCAGAACACCGGCGACGUGGUGCAUUGCCUGGCUUGCGAUAACCCCAAGGAUGAAAGCGUGCCGAAGAAAGAACCGAAGGGUUUGGGGUCGGAUGCCCAGAAGUAUACUUUCGGUUUUCCGCCGGCGACGACUCAAGCGGCGAGCGCCAAGGCCACCUUCACGUUUGGCCAGAGCACGAUUUCCACCACGAAACCGGACACUCCGUUUGUUUUCAAGCCCCAGGUGACGAUAGCGCCCGAGAAGAAAGAUCCCGGGGCGGAGAAAUUCGUAUUCGGGUCUCCACAAAAGCACGACUUCGAGUUCACACCCAGAUCUCCACGGAGAAUCAGUAGCGGCACCAAAGACGAAGAGUCGGACGCCAGUUACGUGGAAGAGGAAGUCGACAACAUUUACUUCAAACCGGUGAUUCCUCUACCCGACAAGGUGGAAGUGAAGACUGGGGAGGAGGAAGAAGACGCUUUGUACUGUCACCGGGCGAAGUUGUACCGGUUCGUGGACAAGGAGUGGAAGGAGAGGGGUAUCGGGGACAUCAAGGUUCUCAGACGCAAGGACACCGGGAAGUUGAGGGUUUUGAUGCGAAGGGAGCAAGUGUUCAAGAUUUGUCUCAACCAUAUUUUGACCACCGAGAUCAAGUAUUUGCCUAAAGAUGAUAAGUCUUGGUUGUUCUGCGCCGCCGACUUCUCCGAAGGCGAGUUGGUCAACGAGCAGUUCUGCGUUAGGUUUAAGAACGCGGAAGUCGCUCAGGAAUUCAUGAAGGCUGUGAACGAUGCGCUGAAUGAGGCAUCGAGUGAUACAGGUCAUCAGUUCGCCACUCACGACCCCCUUCUAGGUAAAGAAAGCGACGAAAAGACCGACGACUCCGAAGUCGAGUUCGUUAGCGAGACCAAAGUGACCCCCGAAGAAGAAAAAGAGGCCCUCAGACUCGGUUUGCCGGCCAAGUUCCUGUCGUACCGACAGCUCCCGGACUGUCAAUGCGACCAGUGCAAAAAAGACGACCUCUACCUCAAAGACUUUUUCAAUCAACGCCGACUCUCCAAACCCUCGAGCACCGACUCCUUAUCCUGUGUCAGUGAUUCUUCCAGCACCAGUUCAAUCUUCGCCACCCCCAGAGGCGACAUUUUGAGUUUUAAAACCGCGUCCGACGCUUCCGUGACUUCGGGUACCACCUUGAAGAGCCUCCUCAGCAAACCGUCGCUCCUAAGUACCAAAACCACUGAAGGCAUUUUCUCGUCGUCGCCCGUCUUCGCUGCGACAAACAGUCCGAAGGUGUUCACGACCCCGACGACGACCACCAGUACCAUUUUUGGGUCGAAAUCCACCGGGAGCUUCUUCCAGACGCCGGAAAAUAAGAGCGAGAGCGGAGCGUUCGCGUUCGGUUCGGGGAGCAUCUUCGGGUCGACCACUUCGGUCACCAAACCCAGUAUUUUCGGUUCGACUACCACGACGGCGAGUAUUUUCGCUGGGUCGAAAUCCACGGGUUCGAUUUUCGGUACUGCACCUUCGAUUUUUGGUGGUACUGUUACUACUACGACUACGAGUUCGGUGUUUGCCACACCUACUACGACGGCGUCGUUGUUCAAGGCGCCAAUUUUUGGUAACAACAACAAGGUGGAGACUCCAGUGACUACGACGGCUUCGAUUUUCAAGACUGGUGGAAGUAUCUUUGGGGGUAGUUCUAGUACGGGGAGUAUAUUUGGAGGUUCGCCGGUGGUGUUCGGGAAGACUCCUGAGGCUAGUAAGACGAUAUUCGGGGGCGGCGAUUCGUUGGCGAAGGCGGCGGAGUCCCCGAUUCGACCUACUUUCGGGGCGACGAAGAGUACCGAAGCUAAGACGACGAACUUACAAGAGGAUGAUGCGGCGGUUCUGGAUUGUAGUACCGGGGUGACUUUUGCGGCGUUGGCUGCUAAAGUGACCGUGGACGCGCUGCCGUCGUUCGUCACGGAUAAUAACGAUUCCAGUACUACUGAAACUCCGUUCGCUUUUUUGGGUGCUGGAGCCCCUGUUUUUUCGUCUCGUGGUGGCAACGAUAGCAAAAGGUGUGCAGAAGAGGGACAGGAAGGGGGCGACGAGGAGUACGACCCUCACUAUGACCCCAUCGUGCCGCUCCCGGAAGCUAUAGUGGUGUCGACUGGAGAGGAGGAUGAAGAGGUCAUGUUCAACGAAAGGGCGAAGUUGUUUAGGUUCGACACGGAUAGCAAAGAGUGGAAGGAGAGAGGAGUCGGGCAGAUGAAGAUUUUGCAUCACCCGGUUAACAACACUUACAGGUUCUUGUUGAGGCGCGAACAAGUGCACAAGGUGGUACUUAAUCAGUUGAUCAUCCCGGACUUGGAACUCCAGCCGAUGAGGACGUCCGACCAGGCUUGGGUCUGGGCUGGCUACAACUACACCGACGACGAUUCAGCUCUGGAGAAGCUAGCCGUCAAGUUCAAAAAUUGCGACCUGGCGCAGACCUUCCGCAAGACCGUGUUAGACGUGAUCGAGAAGGUGAAGAAGGUGCAGUCGGAGAAGGCCGCCGGCGACCACAAGGAGGAGCAAGCCGAGGUCAAACUCAUCCCGUCGUCGAUCCAGAAUUUCGGCGUGGAGGAAGUGAGCGGCGACGAACAGGCGAAGGAAGCGUAUGAAGAGGACGACGACGACGAGGACGAAGACGAAGAUGACGACGAUGAUCGCACGGUGAUGUUCAUGAAGCGCUGUACUCUAAGCGAGGAGAUGAAUGGCGAGUGGAAGGUGCUGACUCUUGGGGACCUGCAGGUGUACUAUGACCCGGAUCUGUACGCUGCGCGGAUUUGCAUUACGAACGAUAGCGGGGAGAUGGUGAGCAACACCUUGAUCGGGGUGAACACGGUGAUGCAGAUCGAGAAGAACAACUGCGUGUGGAAGGCGGUGGAGUGGAGCUCGACGGACAUGCGCUACCGGACCUUGAAGGCCACCUUCAGCAGCACGGCGGCCGCCCAGGAGUUCCACUGCAACUACCUGGAGGGAUUGAACUACGCGCAGGAGUUCGACGUGGUGGACGAGAUCCCGGGGACGACUGAAGAAGAGACUGACUUAGAUCACUGAAAUGUCCUUUCGGCUUGACAAAUUUCCGUUGUAGAUAGCUGGAUUCUAUGAUUUCCAUUAGUACGUGGUUUUGUAAGCGAUUUUCUAUUUUUUAAACUUGUUCCUUCUAAGAUAAAUUUUAAUUGUAAUUUUAUGAUAGGGCGAUUUAGAUUUUACGCAAAUAAAAUGUUACUAUGACGA